AUGUCUGGUAUCGACAAGAAAGCGAAAACAGACACUCAGAGCCAUUACCGAGCAGCAUUAAAUCAGAACAAAUCUACCGGCUCCAAUGUUAAUUCGAGUGACUACAACUUGUGGACGUUCAUGAACGGGCGUUCUGGUAAUGAAAAACAGCAUUCACCAAAACUUUAUGAGAAAAUCCAAAAGAUGCACCAUGAAUAUAAUUCCGAUUACCUCCAAGUAUCGGAAAACAAGUCGAGACGUGAUCCCGGUUUUUCUACACCGACGGAGGGCAGACGAUUUGGCUCUUCAACACUGAGAGAAAAUGCUAAAAAUUCACAUCCGCGCGAUACAUUGGCGAGUGCAACAUACCAUAGGGCGCCGAAAACUCCUCCAUCACCUUGGCAAUUAUUAGUUGAGAAAUCGAUUGAAGAUCGCAACAAGGAGGAGGAAAAGCUUCAGCGAGAAGUCGUUAAAGAAUUUAACAAAAGAGUUAUUCCAAUCAUUGAAAAUUUGGUCAAGGAUCUCAUGACCGAAAUAACCAAAAUUGAGAGAUACAACUUCACAAGAAACUUCUACAAAUAUAUCUUGAAAAAGGACAACAUCAAAUUUCGCUGCACACCAGUACCGGACGAAUACUACAAUGAUGUAAAUGAUUAG